UUGUUUUAAUCAUUCAAUCACUCUUUAAAAGAAACACCCAAAGAACAUAUUAAGACUGAUCCUUGAAUUCGAGCAGUGAACGUGCAUGUAUAAGUAUGUGCAUAUGUGCGGAGCCUGCCUGCUGAGCUCUGCUCCUUAUUAAAGCAGGAACUGUGUCGCCUCCUGCAGCCGCUCUCCAUCACGGCAGCAGUAGGCAGCAUCUCCUCUGACAGAGGGAAGACUCGCCAUCACUCCUCCACAGUGAGGCCACGGGACCGGCAGAGCUGAGAUCAGAUCUGUACUGACCUCUGCUGGUGAAGUAAUGCACAUGUCAGGGCGACCGGCACAGUUAUGGAAAUCUACCGCACACACCACGACAUGUGGCUGCAGCACAGAUGUUAAGUUCAGCUGCUCCGUUCGUGUAUCUUUUGUCAGCUGAUUUUCUUGACUUUAGACUUGAGUCUUUCCAGAUUCCUGCAAGAACAACUAUAACUUCUAAACCUGGAUCCAUCUACCCUGCUGUUUUCUGCCCACUCCCAGAGCUGUAAGUCUUGAUUCCAACUCCACUUUAAUGCUUUUAAAUAUAAUUUGAGUCCAUUUGUCAGUGGAGGAGAAUAACUAAAUACAUUUACUCCAAUAUUGUACUGAAGGACAAUUACUUGUACUUUUUAUUCCACUACGUGUAUCUGACAGAAGUGGUUACUUUUCAGAUUUUAUAUAUUUUUUUUAAAAGCGUAUCAUGAACUUAUGAAAUACAGCCCAAGCUGUGUAUAGUUGCAGCGGUUUCCAACCUUUUUGGCUUGUGAUUGCUUAUUAAUAAAAGCGGGGUCUAGUUGGGGGGUGCUGUUAGCAGUGCCACCAAAGAGUGAUUUCCUUCUGAACUUCUCAGAUGCUUUCGCUUAAGUAACUGCUUGAGGCUCAAAGAGGAAAAAUUCAUCCAAUAUUUCACAAAAAAUAUAGAUUUGAGGGGGAAAAAAAGAAUAUGGAUAUAAAACCCCUUAUCUUAUUUAUCUUAUGACUCUUUGGAGGGGCCUGAUCCUACGUUGGGAACUAAACUAAACUACUAAACUGUAUAUAAAGUAAAUUUGCAUAAUAACAUACCACUUUUAAAAGCUGCGUGACAAGCAGGCAGCACAGCUGGUGCUUUUCUUAAGUAUAGGAUCUGAAUACUGCCUUUUUUAAAGCAGUGUGUCAUCACCACAGGGGUCAGGUGGGGGUUAAUUUAUUUAUUUUAAAUAACAAGACUGAUUUUACAAAUAGGAAAAAGUCACCUUCACCAGCAGGUUAUUGAGUCUGAUGCUCACUCGACCACAGGGUGGAGCCCAUGUUGCAGCACAUCGACUGUAUUAUGUCGAAAAGUUUUGGAGGUUUUGGAAAUCCACUUGCAUCCCUGAAGCUGCAUUGAUGGUUGUUUCAGUAUUUCAAGCUGUUUAUCAUCUUCAAAAGUUUUAAUCAUGUUUUAUUCUAUUGCUUUCAGAUGGAGCAGGGACCGCCCACAACCCCCGACUCCCUCAUCCCUGUUUUCAGACUCCCCAUUUUAAAGCUCAGCGGACUGCUGCUCCCUUCCCCCCUUCUCACUCCGAGCUGCGUCCAUUCACCAGAAUAACACCGGAAAUUAAGAGAUUGCCCUUUCAGAAUAAUAGAAGGCUGGCGUUGGUUCUCAAGCAUAUGAGCGGUUUAUUAGCAUUUGAGGCCACUCUUAUUUCAAAUAUGACGAACUAAUUCGAUUGAACAGUAGAUUAAAAAAAGCAGCUUAAAAGGGAGUGAAAUAGAUGAGGCAUAUAUUAUUUAUAAAAUGUCAAAUGACAGAUUUGAAUGAUGUAAGGAUAUGGAAAACCACUGCGACUGUAUAGCAGCCUAUUUUAAAACGUGUAUGUCAGACGACAGUUACACAGCUAUGAAAUAAGCUGUGAAAAGGAUAUUUCUUUAUAAAUAUCCAUGUAUUUACAGUCUGUAUUUAUAUUCUACAACUUGUGUGGAAGUCUUAAUUUUCAGCUGUAGAUCUUAAUGGUGCUAAAAUGGCUCUUCCUUAAAAGAAAUGUAGUUUAUACUGUCACAGAGGCUGUUAUUCCAUUCAAACUAAUUAGUCAUGAAUGUUUUACUUUGAAGGUAUGAACCGGAAGUUUAGUGUUUUUUGUUGUUAGCUUAAUGGCGGUUCGCUCUUUUUUUUUUUUUUCUUUGAGCAGGGAUUCAGGAAUGUGGAGACAAGCAGCUAAGUUACCCUCAAAUCGCCCGGGGUGCCGUCGUCAGGAAACUAUAAAUUAAUAACACAAACACCACGGGACGCUCGUCUGUGUCUCCAUGGUAACGUGGCGGACGCCCAGCCUCGGCGUUGUCGCGUUGAGUUGCCUGCAAAGGGGGGCGGAACCGGAGAGAAACGACGGGUCUUCGAUUUCCCCUUCUCCCCGUGAAGGCAGAAUCAGUCGAAGAUGGUAAGGAGAGCACGGCUGCAUCAGCCAUUUCACGCCGGAGUCUACUACCCCUACACAAGUGACACCCAAGGGACCCACUCAUCAGCAGGGAUCCCGUCCCUGUUGAAUUCCCCGCUCAGCCAGCACUCUGUAAACGGCCACUCUGUACCCGCACCAGGCAUGACUCCAUCCAGCGGAGCCUCCACUGUUCUCCCCUUCAAGUUCCGCCCGCGCAGGGAAAGCGUGGACUGGCGGCGGAUUAACGCCGUGGACAUAGACCUUGUGUUGAGCCAGCUGGACGUGGACACCCUUCAGGAGCACAUCGGCACAGUGACAUUCUGCAGCUUGGAUGGGGAACGAUGCCAGCGGUGCCAGAGCCCCGUGGACCCGGCUCUGGUCAAGCUCUUACGGCUGGCCCAGCUCACAGUGGAGUGGCUGCUGCACUGCCAGGAAUUCCUCACCCACAACCUGCAAGCGGCGGAGGAGAGGCUGGCGGCUGCCGGCAGUGAGCGCGAGCAGCUGCUGGAUCAGCAGAACAAGCAGGAGGAGAAGGUGAAGACGCUGACCACAGAGCUCAAGCAGAGGAAGAAGGUUAUUCGCACCCAACAGUCCUUGCUGGCGCCCCGACUCAUCAGUAGCCAGAAGUGUCCACAAUGUGAUAAAUCCUUCCUCAAUUCCUCCUUUCUCCAGAAUCACAUGCAGCGCCGUCACCCUGAUGAGUUUGAGAUCCAGUUGCGGUCAGACAGUGAAAAGAAAUCUCAGAUUGAAAGCCUCAAACUGGAGAUCAGCAGCCUGAAGGAGCAGAUCGUUCAACAGCAACAGACCUUGCAAGCCAAAACAGCUCAGGAAAAAGAGCAGCAGUCCAUGCACAAAGACCUGCUCAGAGAACUGCACCGCUUUAAGGCCGAGGAGAUGGCUCGCAUGGAGAGGAAGAUAGAAGACAGCAGGGACGGCAUGCGCAGAGAGAUGGAGUUUCUGUACACCCGAAACAUUCAUGCUCUCAAUGAAGCAAAUCAGAAUCAGACCUCCAAGCAUGAAAAAUCCCCCAGCCCUGUUCAGUCACAGCCUGAAAGAGACCUGGACAUCUACAAAGAGAUGCAGAUACAAGCCAUCCAGAAGCUGGAACACCAGAUGAAGAAACAGGAUAAAAAGUGGGAAUCCAGGCUUUACGAAAUUAAGGCUCAACAUGAGACUGAGAAGAAUCAGCUGCUGAACGAGCUGAGCAGAAUGCAGUCGUCCGUGUCCGAGCACCAGGAGCUGAGCCAGAGGCUGCAGCAGGAGCUGGGGAGGCGGCUGCAUGAGAAGGAGCAAACCAUCAAGGCUCAGAGGGAGCAGAUAAGGAAUAUUUCCUCAAAUCCGCCCAUCAGAGUAGUGGAAGUACCAGUCAGUGCAGCAGCUCCAGAGCCUAAACCAAAGAGAGUCGUACUUGAGGAGCCAGUCUUUGCUCUUAACCUGGAUCCCAUACAGGAGCUGUCAGAAGAGGAGAAAGACUCGAGCAUCUCCGAGAGAAGACCAGUGGAGAAGAAGCCUGAGCCUGCAGCGGAGAAGCAGAGGGUGACCACCAGCGCUCUGAAAAGGAACCCCAACAUCAAGAAAGAGAUGCGACCAGAGCUGGAGCUGGCUGUUAUUAAGAAGCUGGAGAACCUGGGGAUCAAGUCUGAUCAGAGUGGUCUGAAGAACAAGGAGCUCACUUCCAUCAUGGCCAGGGUGCACUCGAAGCGGGAGAGCAUAGCGAAGGGGAUGCCGGACUACUGGCGCCAUCGAGAGGACAUCGCCGGAACUGUGGAGCAGAAGCUGGGCGGUCAGAGGAGAGGCAGCGACCCUGCUGCUGAGUCACAGGCCAGAUCCAGACACUCAGUUCAAGUUCUGCAGAUCCGGCCUCGGUCCAGUAGCCUUCCCUCCAGAGCCACCCAGGUGACGUCCAGACCUGCAGUCAAACAGUCCAAGACCCCCCAGCCAGCCCCGAGGAACAAGAGCACCACCCAACCCAAGACAUCUACACCCAACACCAAAUCCGCUGUGAGGACCUUCACAACCAGGACUCCUCCUUUCAGUUCAGAUGAGGAAUCUAAAGAAGAGGACACAGACAUGGAGGAGGAACAGCCCCCGAAACACCAGAGGGGCAAAUCACCACAGCCCAGACUAAACCAGGCGACCCCAGUCCAAAUCAGAGCCAGCAAAGCCAGUCCGGUCCAGGCCAGGCAGGCCGCCGUCAGGCAGUCGUUCUCCUCCAACCCCCAGCAGUCCUGGGGGUCAGUGGGUGUUGUGACCAAGACAGCAGUAUCAAAGAUGGAGAGCGACGAGGACGAGUGGUCCGAGGUCAGCGAGCUAGAGGAGAUUGACCCCAAGCAGCUCCAGGGUUACAGAGACCAGAACGGCAACGUGGAUAAGAGAAACUUUGGUAAAGAGAACAAAAUCAACGUCCUGGCCAGAAAAAUGGAGCAGUUUGCAGACAGAGCAGUGAAGAAACCAGCAGGGGGCGUCAGCAUCUUACCAGAGCGUAAAGAUGAGGUGCAGGAUCUGACGUGCACAGAUCUAGAGGAGAGCAGUGAGUGGAUGGUCUCCUCCUUAGAGGACAGACAGGAAAUGUCUAAACCAGCUCACGGCUCUGGAUCGCUGAGGAAGAGUCUGGACUCACCCAGCACCAGCGUGUGGGGAACCUCCACAGGAAAGGCUCCCAAAUCAGCAGGUCUGACUGAAGCCGGGACGGGAAGCACCCUGAAGAGCAGCCUCUGCUCCCUCAGUGACAUCAGUGACUCUGAAGACAUUAGCAAUAAAUACAAUAAACACUAGAGCUGAUCAGGUGAUGUAGCACUUUGCCAAGCACAGAAAAAUAAAGACCUCAAUCAACUCCUCUGACAUCCACAGUCCUUGCCAAAUAGCCAUAUUUUAUACUUUUACAUGGAAGCUAUAAUACAAACAUGAGCAAUACUUAACAAAGGGAGUGAGUCUGUUCAGGAUUCAGAUUUCUCAUCUAAUAAAUAUGUUAGGGAUAAACGGGAUUACAAGUUGAUUGACUUUGUGAGUCUCAUCGUACGCCUUGUGCCAAUCCUCUGCUUGCCUUACACCUUUUCAGUGUUCAUCUUUUAAUAGAUUCAGUUUCGUAUAUUCUAUUAAAUGUAACCAACACUCCAAAUGAAGUACUGUAUGUGGUUGGUGUAAAAUUUUGUAUAUCAAAUUUUAUAAUGCCUUCAUGUGCUAAAUGGAGCGAUGAGAUGUGAUUUUGUAUAGAAAAUAUUUAUACAAGUAAUAAAAAGAUUUCUUUGUGAAACA